AUCUUGACUUUUUCUCUCAUAUAUUUGAAUAGUGUACUCUACAAUGGCAAGGAUGAUGUGUAUAUCAUUGUCAUGUUGAUUUUUAUAUCUGUUUUUACAAAUACCCAUUUCAAUUUUGUCACUGAAAAAUCCAAAAUCUAAAAAGAAUCAAGAAAAGCAAAAAAAAAAUUUGAUUUUUGAUUGUUAUGGAGAAAUCUGGUUAUGGCCGUGAUGGGGUAUACAGAUCUCUUAGACCACCUGUAUUUUAUCCAAAAGAUGAAAAUUUAUCUAUGGUUUCUUUUUUAUUCAGAAAGAUUUCAUCUUACCCUGAAAAACCUGCGUUUUUUGAUGCUGAUAAUGGUGGAACUUUAUCUUUUUCUCAGUUCAAAUCUAUGGUGUCAAGAAUCUCUCAUGGACUUAUUCACCAAAUGGGUAUCAAGAAAAAUGACGUUGUUUUGAUAUUUGCCCCAAAUUCUGUUCAAUUUCCUUUAAGUUUCUUUGGGGUUAUUGCUAUUGGUGCUAUUGCUACAACUGUUAAUCCUAUGUAUACUGUUGCUGAACUUUCUAAGCAAAUUAAAGAUUGUAAACCAAGCCUUAUUAUUACUUCUCCUGAAUUGUUUGAUAAAGUUAAUAGUUUUAAUUUGCCUAUUUUGCUUUUGGGAAAUUCGAAUUCGAAUAAUGCAGGUGUUGUAAGGUUUACUGAGCUAGUGGAUAAAGCUGGGUGUUUUGAUUUGGAUAAAACUGUGGUGAAACAAACUGAUACUGCUGUACUGUUGUAUUCUUCGGGUACAACGGGGGUUAGUAAAGGUGUUGUGUUAACUCAUAGGAAUUUCAUAUCGGCGGCUUUAAUGGUAUCUAGUGAUCAAGAUUUGGCUGGGGAAAUGCAUAAUGUGUAUAUGUGUGUUUUGCCUAUGUUUCAUGUGUUUGGUCUUGCUGUUAUCAUGUACUCACAGUUGCAAAGGGGUAAUGCUAUUGUAUCUAUGGCGAAAUUUGAUUUGGAAACGCUUUUGAAGAAUAUUGAUAAGUAUAGAGUGAGUCAUUUAUGGAUUGUACCUCCGAUUGUUUUAGCAUUGGCUAAGAAUCCUGUGGUGAAGAAGUAUGAUUUAACGUCGAUAAAGCAAAUUGGAUCCGGGGCUGCGCCUUUAGGGAAGGAUUUGAUGGAGGAUUGCGCUAAGAACUUCCCUCAGGCUGUUGUUAUGCAGGGAUACGGUAUGACAGAAACCUGUGGAAUUGUUUCAGUGGAGAAUAUGUGUGUAGGUCCUAGACAUACAGGAUCAGCAGGGUCUUUAGCUCCUGGAAUUGAAGCUCAAAUAGUUAGUGUUGAUAAAUCGAAGCCUCUUCCUCCUGGGCAAUUAGGUGAAAUAUGGGUCCGUGGUCCCAAUAUGAUGAAAGGCUAUUUCAACAAUCCACAGGCCACAAUGCUCACUAUAGAUAAUCAGGGCUGGGUUCAUACAGGAGAUCUUGGGUACUUUACUGAGGAUGGAUUGCUUUAUGUCGUUGACAGGAUCAAAGAGCUCAUCAAGUACAAAGGUUUUCAGGUUGCACCAGCAGAGCUUGAAGGUCUACUUGUUUCUCAUCCUGAAAUAUUAGAUGCUGUUGUUAUCCCGUUUCCUGAUGCUGAGGCUGGUGAGGUUCCGGUUGCAUAUGUUGUUCGCUCUCCCAAUAGCUCUCUGACUGAAGAAGAUGUUCAAAAGUUCAUUGCGGAUCAGGUUGCACCUUUCAAAAGAUUGAAGAAGGUGACAUUCAUAAACAGUGUUCCCAAGUCAGCUUCUGGGAAAAUCCUAAGAAGAGAACUAAUCGAUAAGGUUCGUUCAAAAAUAUAAGAUUUUUACCCGAUACCUGUGCUGGUGGGAGCUAGCAAGUACGUGUAGAUUUUGUCAAGGUGUACACAAACUGACUCACACUAUGGUUAUAUUUUUUUAUUACAAACUAAGUAUUGGUAAGAUUUGCAUAGUUUGCUCAUUAUAUGUUAAAAGCACAUCCAUCUACUGUGUAUUUUUUUUUUUGAUUUGUGAUAGAAUUGCUUGAAUAAUGUAAAAUUACAAGUGAUUUGCAUAAUAAAAGAUACACGUUUUGAAGGGUAUUUAUUCAA